AGUGUCACAUGACUUUGUGCUGCUUUUCCAACAUGACGCUGAUAUAUCAGCUCAUCGUGGCUGCUCUGGUAUUAACCCUAGGCGAGGUUCUAAGUUUUCCUCUCGGCUUGGAGAAAAGGGACAGCGUUGCCUGCGGAUACCAGUCAUGUCACCCCACCGUGCCCGGCAUGCUGAACGUCCACCUGGUGCCCCACACACACGACGAUGUGGGCUGGCUGAAGACUGUGGACCAGUACUUCUAUGGAGACCGAAAUGACAUCCAGCACGCUGGUGUUCAGUACAUACUGGACUCUGUGGUGGACCAGCUCCUGAAGAAUCCAGACAGGAGGUUCAUCUACGUGGAGACAGCUUUUUUCUACCGCUGGUGGAAGCAGCAGAGCUCCAGCAUGCAGCAGACAGUCAAACAGCUGGUCAAUGAAGGCCGACUGGAGUUUGUGAACGGUGGCUGGUGCAUGAGUGACGAGGCCGCCACCCACUACAGCGCCGUCAUUGACCAGAUGACCCUGGGUUUGAGGUUCCUUAACGAGACGUUUGGAGCUUGUGGUCGACCCCGGGUUGCUUGGCACAUUGACCCUUUUGGCCACGCUCGUGAACACGCCUCCCUGUUUUCACAAAUGGGAUACGACGGCUUCUUCUUCGGCCGUUUGGAUUACCAGGAUCGAGAUUCCAGAAGGUCAAAAAAGGAGCAGGAGCUGCUGUGGAGAGCCUCUGACAGUCUCCCAGCACCAAUGGCGGAUCUCUUCACUGGAAUCCUUCCCAACGGCUACAACCCUCCUACAGGUUUCUGCUGGGACCAACUCUGCAACGACCCCCCCAUCAGAGAUGACCCAGAACUGGAAGACUAUAAUGUCGAUGAUGUGGUGCAGCGUUUUCUUCAGAUUGCCAACAAGCAGGCUGAGGUGUAUAAGACCAAUCACAUCAUCAUGACCAUGGGCUCAGACUUCCAGUAUGAAAAUGCCAAUCUGUGGUACAAGAACCUGGACAAACUCCUCCUCCAUGUCAACUCCCAGCAGGCGAAGGGCAGCAAAGUGAAUGUACUGUACUCCACUCCGUCCUGCUACCUGCAGGAGCUGCAUCGAGCCAACCGCACUUGGCCCUUGAAGAUGGACGAUUUCUUCCCAUAUGCAGACGACGCUCAUAAUUUCUGGACAGGCUAUUUCACAAGCCGCCCCGCGCUCAAGCGUUAUGAGAGGAUCAGCAACAGCAACCUGCAGACGUGUAACCAGCUUGAAGUCCUUGGAGGGGCAGCGUCCAGGAAGGGUCCUUUUGGAGAAGGAGACAGCCAGACUUUGAGGAAGGCGAUGGCGGUGGCCCAGCACCAUGACGCAGUGUCAGGAACAGCAAAGCAACACGUCACUAACGACUAUGCCAGGAAGCUGGCUGACGGCUGGCAGCGCUGUCAGGUGCUGGUCAGUAACAGUCUGGCCUCUCUCAGUGGCUCCUCUGCUCCACGAAUCUACUGUGACCUCCUGAACGUUAGCGUUUGUCCUCUGACUGAGUCCAGCAAGAAGUUCUCCGUCACCGUGUACAACCCUCUGGCUCGGCCGGUCGUUUGGCCCGUCAGGCUUCCAGUUUACGGAUCGGCUUACCUCAUAAAAGAUCCUAAAGGGAACUCCGUUGACUCUCAGGUGCUUUCCGUGUCCAAAGCUACACGGGAGGUGAGGAGGAAUCGAGGCCAUGCUGCCAAUGAGCUGGUGUUCCAGGUCCAAGCUCCACCUCUGGGCUACACCACUUACUCGGUGUCUAGUCUGCAGGGCAGGCCUUCAUCAGCAGCCUCCCCAAAGAGAGGUGCCCCCACAUCCAUCCAGAACAAGUUCCUGCAGGUGAACUUUGACCCAGACACUGGCCUCAUCAGUGGCCUUAGCAACCUGGAAACCAAACAGAGCAUCAAUCUGACUCAGAACUUCUACUGGUACAACGCCAGUGACGGUAAAAACUCUGAGAGCAAGCAGCCGUCUGGGGCCUACAUCUUCAGGCCCAACUCUACCGUACCUUUCGUCAUCAGUCGUGUAGCACAGACUGAGACCAUUCAGACCUCGGUGGUGCAGGAGGUGAGGCAGUGGUUUUCCCCCUGGGUGUCUCAGGUGGUUCGUCUCUAUGCCGACAGCAGAGCUCUUGAGCUGGAGUGGACAGUCGGACCUUUGCCGGUGAGUGACGGCCUGGGGAAGGAGGUGAUCACCCGUCUGGAUAGCAGCAUCAAAACCUCUGAAAUGUUUUACACCGACUCAAAUGGCAGAGAAAUCCUGCAGAGGAGGAAAGACUUCAGGCCAACUUGGCAGUUGAAGCAGUCUGAGCCCAUUGCUGGAAACUACUAUCCCAUCAACACUCGAGCUUUUAUUAAGGAUGAUGUGGACCAGCUCACUGUGGUAACUGAUCGCUCUCAGGGAGGAGGCAGCAUCCAAAAUGGUUCUCUGGAGAUCAUGCUCCAUCGCCGGCUGCUGUACGAUGAUUAUCGUGGAGUCGGAGAGCCUCUCAAUGAGGUCUCCAACAUCUUCCCUGAAGGUCUGGUGGUCCGUGGACGCUUCAUGCUCUCUCUUGAUCGCCCUGACAGUGCAGCAGAUAUUUACCGCCCCCUGGGGCAGGAGGAAGUACUGCAGCCUCUGCUUUCAUUCACUGACGGAGAUCUGAAUGGAAACACUCAGCUGGAGUUUACAGGGCUCAAAGCUGCACUGCCCCCUGCUGUCCAUCUCCUGACACUGAGUCAGUGGGACGCUGACUCUGUGCUGCUGAGGCUGGAGCAUCAGUUCCAAAUCUCGGAAAGCAAACUAAACUCUCAGCCAGUCACUGUCAACCUCCAGAAGCUGUUUUCCACUCUAAAUGUUCUUGGUAUCUCUGAGCUAAACCUGUCAGCCAAUCAGUGGAAGGAUGAAAUGACACGCCUGAGCUGGACCCCUGAGAAAGAAGAGAAGCCGUACCUGAAGAUCUUGGAGGACCCUUCUGCAUGGGAGGUGACCCUAAGACCUAUGGAAAUCCGAACUUUCUUAGUCAGGGUCAGCUUUAAAUGAGCCAAACUAGGGUGGCCCAGAAACGGUCAGCUGCUUGAGAAGAGGAAAUGUGCAAAGAGACAAUUUAAAGAAAAAAAUUGUACAAGUAAAUAUUUUAAAUCCCAAUUUUAAACGUAUGAUUUUAAUCGAUUUUACAUUGAUUCAAACUUUUCACUUCCUCUCAUGGAGAAAGC